AUGAGCGAAGCUUUGGAACAUGCUAAAAUCCAAUUUAACAAUAGUCCCUCAUUCUAUCCAACGCUGUCUGAUAACAACCACGACAACUAUAAUAAUGAUUCAGAUUCUUUUUCUCAAACUCAAUCUUUCCUCAACGGAGGCGCACAAACUGUGAUGUCCACGACCACCAAUGCAACUGCAUCGAUGCUACCACCUGAUCAUGCAAAUAUCAAUUUCAAACCGAACACGACUGCCAUAACAAAAGUUACAAAGUUGAAGUUGCAUGUAUCAUUGGAUUCAACGAUCUAUACAGCGGGUGGGAUACUGACCGGAAGGUUGGAAUUGAUCAGUACCACUUCGAAGUCUUUGAAACUUGGCGAGAUAUCUUGCGAGUUAACUGCCUAUGAAGAAUUGAACACCAGAGAAUGUACAGCUUCACAAUCGUUUUUAUCUUCGCGAUUGGUGUUUCAAAGUUCAACUUUACCACCGUCGAACGCCGUACACGGUCCACCCGAUAAUGGUUAUUGGACCGCAAAGAAGGGAAAGACUACCUUUCCAUUUUCAUUCAAAAUUCCCAUUGACGCUCCAAGCUCUAUGGAAUACGGGAGUAGCGCAUACCUCAGAUACGUCGUCACCGGAGUUGUUCGGUUUUCAACCAAUAACAAAGAAGAUAUGAUGUUUAAAUCGAAAGAGGCGUUUGUGGUUGAGGCAUGGGAUGGAUAUAAUCCUUUAUACAAACAGCCGGUCGAAGCUGUAAAUAUGAAGCAACUGUGGAUGGGAGGAAGUGGUGCCGUCAUGUUGGAGAGCACAUUGGCGGAAACUUUAUUUCAGAGCGGUGGUAAUAUUAGCGUGAAGGUUAGAGUAAAAAACGAUACUAAACGCAGGGUGCAAGGGCUCAAAGUAUCCAUCACUCAGAGGCUUUUGAUAUUAGCGAACAAGGUCAAAAAAGAGAUUGAUCAAGUAAAGAUUGUGGGUGAGACUGUUUGUGAGGAAUGGUUUAAAAGCAAAGAUUUUUUGUUCGACUGUGGCGAAGAUAGGUCGACUAUUGUUCAUAUCAAUGUGCCGAAAAAUGUAAGAACAAUAAGAAAUACCGCUCUUUUCGAGGUUGUAUGUUAUGUUGUCGUAUCGCUAUAUUUAGGACCCUUCACAAAGGACCUCUCCGUGCAACUUCCGGUAUAUAUAGCACAUUCGGCAUCAUUGCAACCUCCCCCUGUAACCGACACGGAUCUCAAUCGUUUUCCAAAUCACUACAACAUGAUGGAUGAAAGUGCUGAUUUCUUUAUUGAAGAUAUUCGUCAGGACGAUAACGAAAUUCUUGAGUACGUUCCCUCGCCAGUGAGUAUCCCGUCUAAAAAAGGAGCCAGAGUUUUACCCUGGACAAACGGUGAGGAUGAAGGUUACCACGGUCAUCAUUCACCUCCAAAGAACUCAUUCGGAUCAGGCGUAUUUGGUUCUGCAAGUCCAAAGAAACUUAGUUCACUAGCAUCUUCGUUCCUUGGUCGGCCAAAACAAAUGUCUCCGUCCUCUCCAUCAAAGUUGAUUGCGAAAUCCCCGCCGUUAGCGCCUGCGUCUCCUUACGCCUAUAUCCCUGCAAUAGAGCGUGUAAGGUAUCUCUCAUUCUCAACUCAAGAGCAGGGCGAAAUACAAAAACGUCCUUACACCCCACCACAGGGUAACGGCGUUAACGGUUCUGGUGUUUAUUCCGGAUCACAAACGUCCGAAUAUGAAUUUAAUGCACCUCAGCAACCCGCAAAGAAGGUGCAAAAGUGGUUAGAAAAUCAAGACACCAGCAAUCCGUCUGAUUCUUCGAGUGUUAUGACUUCUUCAUUACCCGAGACAGCUGAGCAAAGCGCAACAUCCGCGGCGUCUCCAUGGUCGCAUUUGAAUCGUACACAAGAAAUCGUAAGUGUCUCACCGAAAUCGCAAACCUCAAAAUUGGUUUCACAGAAUCCAAUUGCAAUUCCGGUGCAAAACGCAUCGAAACUACCGGACAAUACAUUUCAACGAAGCAACAGUAUUGUUUCAUCGCCGCCCGGACCUUCCGGAUUAACCUUGUUGAUAAAAAAAGGCUCGCUAACACCUUCCAUUCUAGACAACACCUUCGAAAAAAAGUCAACCGAAAUUAUCGGUGAUCCUAUCCUCGGAAGGAAAGCGCGAUCCAGAGAAGACGAAGAGGGGAGUAUUGUCAUUGUAGAUGAGGACAACAUUCCGAAAUCAGACUUUCUUCAAGUUCCUGGAGCUGAACAAACUAGACCUAAAAUACCUCCUGUUCCAAACAGAGGGGCUAUCGGCAAUUUAUCGGCAUUAUUUAGAUGGGGUGGUUCUUGGAUUGGAUAUGGUAAUGAAGAUCCUAAUAUUAAUAAUGAUGAAAGACCACAUAAAGCACUCCCGUUGCAUCCAGAAUAUGCAACUGAUACUACUAAAGCUCGCGCGAUCAAAGUUGAUGAAGUGAUGAACAUUGUGCAAGAUAGUCAAAGUAUUUUUGACGCAGAAGUUAGAUCAGAAAUUAUGGACGAUAAAUUUGCUAAGGAAAAACCAAGGAAGGCACUUCCUCCGCCACCUGAGGAUGCAACCAAUACUAAAAAAGCUCGAGCAAUUAAAGUCAGCCAAGUCGUAAAUAUUGCUAAGAACGGUCAGGACAUUUUUAAUGCAGAGAUAGCAUCGACAGACACGGACAACGAUAACUCCCAAACAACUAGCGUGCCAAUUAUACCAGUAGCUCAAGAAAUCCAAAUGCCUAGGCCAAGACGAAACCUUCCACCCAUUCCAACGAAUUCUCCACCUCCUCAAGUCCGAGCGCCUGCUAACAUUUUAACUGAAACGUAUGACCCUGUAAACAAAAGUGAAAUUGUUUCGGCGACAGUAGAAAACGAAAUUGCUUUAUCAUCAUCGGCUGGCGCUACUUUGGAAAUAAACGUAAGAUCCACUAGUCCACCUAUCCCUCCAAAACCACUCAAGCUUUCCGCCAGUCCACCCAUACCACCUAAACCAUCCAAGCUUGUCUCCAGCCCGCCAAAACACCCCAAGUCUACAGCAAUGACACCCAGUCAAAAUGUCCCUAAAGAGCCAAUAGUUGGUUCACCGGGACAAAAGAAAUUAGGUUUUACUGCUUAUAAUGCGAUGUCGCCGCCCGUGGUUCAAGGCGGGAAGCCUAAUAACGCCAGCCCACCAUCGAAACAGAGUGGUUUUAAUGUUCCACGAAAACCUGUAAGUCAAAACAAUGUUAUGAAAAUAGAAGAUCAAGAUGUGAAUACAGAUACCAAUAGAGACAACCACGUGGAAGAUGUUUCAAAAAUCUCGGUCUUAACUGAUAAUGUGCCAUUAAUAGGUCCCUCGCCAAACGUAAAUUCGGAUGAAAUAUCCAUAGUUCCAUCGAAAGUUGAAGAGUCGAGGGAUGUCGAUAAAGAUCCAUUCGGUGAAAUAACCAUUCCUUCUGAACUAAUUAGCACUUCACCGCCUAAAAAAGUUUCCAUGCCAACAAUCACUACGGCUCCAAUUCCUGCCACAAAUCUCACUAGAAAAAAAACGUUUAGUCAACACAAGCUGAAACCAAUGUUACCCACACUUCCUCAAACCACACCUACCAACACAAAUAUCGAAAACAUGAUUAUAGACGAAGAAGCCGUUAAUGAUGAGACAUCUAAAUUUUCAUCAUCACCGAUAAGCCAAUACUCAAAGAUCACUUCAACACCAACAACUUAUGUAAAUACUACCAUAGCAAAACCAAUUGUUGUUGCCCCUUCGAUACAGAAAAAUAACAAUAUUGAAAACUCGAAUAGUAAGACUGCGUUGAAGAAAGAUGGUAAAAAUAAGAAAUUGGAGAAUGAUGAUGAGGGCAGAUUGACGAAUAAAAUCACUGAGCCGCCAAAACAGGUGUUAAGUCCUAGGUUGCAAGAGUAUAUUAAUAAAUACAAUAAGGCCACCAGUGAUAAGUGA